AUGGCCACUGUAAAUCACGCCCAGCAAGCCCUCUCUAACCAUUCCAACAGCUCUUGGCAGGGAGAGGCUGCCAGAGGAGCCCAAAUAGCAGCCACACUGCUUAUUAUCCUGGUAGGUCUACCUCUGAAUGGACUGGUCGUUUGGGCACUCUCGCGGACUCGUCGCCUCCUGUCCCGCAGAGACAGCAACGGUGAAAAUACACGCGCCGCCAAUAGCUUCCGUGUGUACGUGCUGAACCUGGCGCUGGCUGACCUGGUGCUACUUUUCCGCACGCCUCUCAUGUUGGGCUACCUUGCUUACAACUACAGCUGGCCAUUUGGCAGUACCUUGUGUCGUCUGGUCAUGUUCCUGCGAGGCCUAGGCCUGUACGCCUCUUCAUUCCUCCUCUGUUCUGUGGCCUUGGAGCGCUGCCUGUGCCUACUGAAGCCUGUCUGGGCUGGAAUACGCCGACCUCCCUGGGCCGUCCCUCUCGCCUGCAGCCUCCUCUGGUUGGUGGCCACAGCCCUGUCUGCCCCCUAUCUGCACAGCGCCAUUCUGCAAGAAGUAAAUGGGACAUACCAGUGCUGGGAGAACGGGACAGGUAGCAUCGGACUCUUUGUCACAGAAACUAUAGCCGGGUUCAUUAUUCCCCUGCUGGUAUUCAUAGGAAGUAACUUGGCUGUCCUGCUCUCUAUUAAACGAGCAUCAUCCCCCAUACCCACCUCCUCCUUUGCCCCAAAGAUGAUUAGACUCUACCAGGUGCUCUUUUUCACCAUGCUCCUUUUCCUCACAUGCUGGGUGCCAUACUUUGUUUGUCGGUUCCUCCGGGCCCUGGCUACCGGGAGCCCUGAAAUUAAGUGGCUGCAUAAGACAGCAGGCAGAUGCGCAUACAUAUCCCUCUUCCUGGUGUAUAUCAAGAGCGCCCUUAACCCUGUGCUGUAUGUAUUCGCUGCCCGUGGCCUACGCCGCGCUGUUAAAGCUUCCCUUGUCUCCACUAUUGAGAGAUUUUUCAACGAGGACACAACAGAUUCUAUAAGAAAGAAGUCUCUUAAGAGCUGCAACUCACAAGUCUAGUGGGGUCCAUCCAUCCACCCAUCCAUCCUUUAUC